CUACUAGGUGGUGAUAUAUGUUAGAAAAUUAUUUGAGGAAAUGAACAUUCUACUCCCAAAGUACAUCUAUUUCGCGAUUCUAAGCAUUUGAUACAAAUUGAAUGCCAAGAAACUUAGCAUUCAUACAAAAUAGCAUCCAUGCAUUUGAUCAGUGACGCCAUUUUGCGCAAUUUAUGUGCAGAUGAAUUUGUUAUAACCAUCUCUCUCUCUCUCACGGGAAGAAUGCAUGUGUAAAAAAGAGUUGGCUACGAAAUUCUCUAGCUUUCUCUCACUACUACCUAGCAUCUUCCUAUAUAUUUUAUUUUAUUUGAAUGAUUUGUAAACAUGGAGGCCAAGUGUUGUGCUCUCAAGUGAACCAACUGCGUUUAUCUUUGCGUUACAGGAGUUUAAUAUGUGAGACAAUGUCGUUCUUGUAUACCCAGUGAUAUAAUGCGGGAAUUUAUGCAGUUGGACUUGGAAACAUCUUGACCAACCUUGAAAAAUGGGUACUGAAGUACCAAAGACCCAUGAUUCAAGUGGUGAGUCGGAUUCAAAUACAGAUUCAGAGAACAGCAGUUCCAGUGAAUCAUCAGGAAGUGAAUUUGAAUGCUCAGGUGCUAAGCAGAAUUCUGCUUCUAAACCCCACUUCUCCGUUACAUCUUGUGACACCGGCCUGAGGCUCAAAAUAGCUGCUAUUCCUGCUCGAAAGGUUUCACCUAGAAGAAGCGCCAAGCCUUCUGUCAAGACGAAACCUUCCGAGGCUACGGACACUCAAAAAUCUAAAGUGAAGAAGAAAUCAUCAAAACUGUCUGACAGCAGUUCAAGUUCGGAGUCUUGCAGCAAAUGUUCAUCAGAUUCCUCGAGUGACGAUGAUUUGCCUCUAAAAGUAGUGUCAAAAACAUUGCCUAAAUGCGGGCAGAAGGCAAGGACAACCAAGUCUGUCAAGAGUGAUAGUGAUGAUGACAUGAAACUGAGUGAGGCGAUUAAGGACAUCAAGGCUUCUAAGGAGAAGCCGAGUGCAGCAAAGACUAGUAAUGCAGUGAAAAAGACUAAAAGUGAUGAAUCGGUGGAGGAAGCAGCAGUGACGAAGGGAAGGGGCCGGCCGCGCACUAAGUUCGCGUCACAAACGCCGGAGAGCGCGGUCAGUAGCAGCACGUCGUCGUCCUCUUCCUCUUCGUCCUCCUCGUCCUCGUCGUCUUCCGACUCGGACUCGGCCGAGGCCGCCGGCUCGGCGCACGCCUCCCCGGACGACUCCAGCGCCGCCCUCGUCGCUGCUUGCCAGCUACAGGUUAUUGAUGAUGCGGACCUCGCGGAAUUAUUUCCGGAACAAACAUCGAGCGCCACGACGCAGCAGCCCAAUUUUCCCGCGUUCGUCGGCGCCGCAGCAGCUGACAACGAUGAGAAGUCCAUGGCCGACAAUGGAGACGGGUCGAGCAGCGAAAUGGAGCUCACGCCGCAGUUAGUGACGGCUGCGAUACAGAGGGCGACGGCGGACUCGUCGGGCUCGGAAAACGAGUGCUCUAACCCGGGCGUCCCGCACCCGAGCACCACUCAUUACGCGUCUAGUCUGUUGCAACAGUUUAACGCGCAAACACAGCUACUCAGCAGUAGCACCGCGCCGCUCACGCCCAUCCCCACCGUCGCGGCGCCGCUCGCCUGCGCGCUGCCGGCGAACCCCAUCGAGGGCGUCGGCACCGUCAGCGACUGCGUUCUAGGCCAAAUAAACACCUUGCCUGAUAUACCGCCUAUAGCAACUAACUUCUUAAACCCCACACAGCAUCUGAGCCCCCAACAAACGGAGGAGCUCUCGCAAAUUAAUCAAGAUCUCGAAGAGAUCACUUCAGUGUCGGAGUCGGUGGGGAUAUCAAUACCUAAUCCACCAAGUCUCGAAGACUGCGUGGAUAAUAAUGACUUUAUGAAUAUAGAUAUUACACAGGGUAGCUCGGAGCUCGGAACCGCAAGUGAUAUGUUGAAAUGCUCUUCUUUAUCUGUAGUUAGUUCUGAUCUAAAUCCAAUGAGUCAUAUUGAUCCUCAGAAAUUAGAUACAAUCAGCACAAAUUCUGUUGAAUCUCAAGAAGAUGUUAAGAAUGUAAUUGUAGAAUCUAAAAGAAAACGAGGGCGACCUCGGAAAGUCAGAGAACCUGCAAACGAUUUCAGGAGUAAAGCAGUAGAAUCUCAUGGAGAAGGAAAGUCUGUACUAAUCGGUAUGAAUGAUUUUCAUAAUAAUGAUCCGCCUAACGUCUCCCCCGACUCUGGUAUACUUUCCAAUCACAAUUCUCCUUCACAUUCACCGCUGCGGCGCCACGACAUCGACGAGCCACACGGCAGGCAGAGCAGGAAGUCCGUGCAGAAAGAAAACAACACGAGGGAAAGGAGAAACAUGAGAUCGAAAUCUGCGAGUAGAAAUACUGCGCACUUGCGUUCCGACUCCAGUGAUAGUGAAUAUCAGAAGAAGAGAAUAGAAAAUGAAAUUAAACAAAUCAAAACGGAAGCGCCCUCACCAGUCCCAUUAAAGCAAGAACAAAAUAAGUUCGAGAAGGCUAAGAAAAAUGACCACAAAUUAGACAUAGCCGCACUUGAUAGAAUGCUCUACGCGACUGACCGAGUGCUUUAUCCCCCUAGAAAAAAGGUCGGGAGGAAACCUGUAAACAAAACUAAAACUCCAAAAAGUCCCAAGGCGACUAAAGAUAAAAACCAUUACGACUCUGCAGACAGUGAUGAGGAGUCUGCACCGGCCAACAGGUCCGUUUUAUCCGGGGUUUAUGCCAAACGUAAAGAAGUUAACAGCAAGCUGGCGAACCUUCCCAAGAAGAAUACUAAGUCAUUCACCAACACGUGGAGAGAUAAUCAGAGUGAAAACGAAGCCGCCGCCGACGAUCCUUUGGACCCGACGUGGAAAGAAAUUGAUCUAAACCCCAAAUACAAAGAUAUUUUGUCCGGUUACAAAAGCGAUCAUGAGUUCAAACCGUAUAAGAGCUGCAGCAGGCUGAUGGAGUCCGGUUAUAAAAGUGACUACGGGUGUAGAUCGGGUUACAAGAGCGACUACUAUCGCUCCGGGUACAAAAGUGACCACAAAUCUGGGUACAAGAGUGACAAGUCCGGGUACAAAACGGAUUACAGUGUCAGGAGCAUGAGACGGCGCAUGAGAAAACUCAAGAAAACGAGAUCAGUGAGGGACAGGUCUUAUUACAAAAAUCAAAAGCAUUUUGUCUCCGAUCAAGAGAUUAUAUCAUUAGCUAACAAAACAUUUAGUAGUCUCACUCUUGGCCACAGUUCAAGUGACUCAGAUUGUGAAAGUUACUUGAGGAAACCUAACGCUAGUCCUAAAUAUGUCAGUGUUUGUACUAAAUACCCAGUGCAAUCUAAGUAUAGCUUUGGUUUCUCUAAAAUGAACCGUAAACAUGUACUUCGAUUGAAUUCCUCGGACCCGUUUGCGCCGGGCCCGGUGUUCAGUGGCUUGCAGAGGCCGGUCACUACAUAUAACAUAUUCAAAGUUAGCCACAAUAACAACAAUACCCUACUCAAGUCUCCAUCAAAAUCAAACCAUUCUGGACGACAUUUGCCUGGACUGAAACCGACAUUUACGCAUAAAUUUGGAGCGCUGCCAAUCUGCACCGUUUCGAAAUCACACGGAUCUAAAAGCAAUUCUAAAACGUCUCCGAAAAAGUUGAAAAAUUCAAAUACACAGUUCUUACAAAGCACGAAAAAAGAAAGCCAUGCCAAACAAAUUCCUAAUGUUUUCGAAGGCGCCAAAAAUAGCUACAUUCCGAAUAAAUCACUCACCAGAAACGUUUUUCUGAAUGUCAAGAAAACGCAGAUGAAACCGUUGCUGCAUGUUCGGAAACACAGAAGGACUGUAGUUUUAGCGCCGCCCAAAAUCAAUUUAAAACCUUCCGAAAGGCCGUCUAGAAUUACCAUCAAAACCGAGAACAAACAUAGACAUCGAAGUAGAAGAAGACAUCGAUCGAGAUCGGUUUCACGAUGUCGAGAGUCAUAUACGAAAUCUAUAGAAACGAUAGAUCAAAAGUUCACUCAGGACAUGGACAGCUUAAUAGGCAAUUUUAUCAAGUUGUGUCACGUUGCACCAAAAUUAAUAACAGGCAUUGGCACGCCGCCAGUAAAAACUGUUGACAAGCCUCCGCCUGAACCAGCAGCCGCCCCAAAACUAGUCAAAAGGGGUUCCAAAAAAAGAAAGACAUCUGACAACCAGGAAACAGUCACACUCACUACGAAACGUAGGCACAAAAAACAAUUAACAGAAUCUCAAAGCAAGGGCGGUAAGGACACCAAUGAGCACAAAUUACCUCUUAAAAAGAGACAUUACCACAUCAAUUCAUCCACAAGCAAUUCCUUAAGUUUGAGUUUAGUUACAGCUGAGUUUGAUGAAAACUUGAAAAGUGGAAAUAAUCCUGAACAAUUUCUGUGUACAGAGACAGAUUGCAUGGGCGAAUUGCGCAGUAACAGUCACCAAGAAUCUCCUAAACCAAAAGUUUCACACGAGAAGGUUAAAAAGGGUUCUGAUAAUGUCAAAGGUGCUACAACUUCAGCAGUGAGUCAAGACACCAAACUACAGAACUCUGAUAUUACAGUUAAGGUGUCAAAAACUACUUUCAGCUCUGUCACUGAUAACUUAGUCGUAAAAGUCGACGAAAGUAGUCCGUGCCUAAGUAAAAAUCAUUCGCCAAAUUCCAUGAACGCAACUGACGAUGAACUCUCUAUAAAGAAACCAAGUGCAGAACAAUCAGAAUUAUCCAAAAGAAUUUUCGAAACAUCGGAAAAGCUCAAAGCGGUGCACAAAAUAGUUCAUGAUUUAGAAAAAUCAUUGCCUAAAACCAAGGAAUCUGAUAUCAAAACAGAAACAUUGAAAAUGGACACACACAGAGUUUCUUCUCCCAGAUCGGAAAGAAAAGCUUCUCCAAUUCGCCACACGGCACCUAUCGUAACACCAAAGAAGCGACACAGACUAGAGGCCGACAAGAUUAUAUCUAACUCUAGUUUGGACCAAGUUGUACAAUCUUUAUCUAAAAAGUUAGCAGAAGACAAAACUGCCGCCGCAAAUAUUUGUAAAGACGUCAAUCAAAACAACUCCAAGGAAGAGAUAAAAGAAGACCAGACAUCUGAAUCCGUAUCACCUCCUAAUGAAACAUCCGCGAACAAUUCCACUUCCGAUCCAUUAAAGAGCAUGUCAGCUCGUUCAUUGUAUAAGAGUUCAAUACUGCCUGCCCAGAAAUCAGAAAUAAUGACUCGUAAGAAAAAUAGGUUAGAAGGCCUGACAAGUAAUUUAGUUUCAAAGAUAAAUCCAAGUGCAGCGACUAAGGUGUUGGACACACUUCUGAACAACAAUAUACGGAAAUCAAUAGAAUCCCGUAUCCUUGAAAAAGAAAAAGUAAAUUCAGAUCCAGUUAAGUCAUUAGACGACAAAGGCAGAGUAAAGGAAGUUGCCCAAGUCAGCACUAGAGCAACUGUUAUUAAAUCCCCGGUGUCUAAAGGGAAGGUAAUGGACACAAAAAAGACAAAAGUAUCGGAUCUGACUGCCGAACAGUCUUCAGUUGUCAACAUCGACAAACCAACGGGCAUUUUCGAACCGUCAGUCGAUUUGGAAGAUCAAAUACCGAAGUCGUCUAUCUGCGUCUCAAAUGCAUUAGGAGAUGCGAAAUCUAAAUUAAAAUCUAAAAGUUCAGACAGCAAAGGUAUAGCGUCUCUCCUUACGCCGAUAGAUACCGAGUCGGAAAUCCCAUUACCUUUAAUUUCCGAGACGCCGGAACCGAUUAUAAGGCCGAAGCGAGGGGAGUCUAUAGCGUCUGUAUUAUCAGAUAAAAUCCAGGAGACAAGUAGCCACAACUUACGUCAACCCAAAAGAAAUCUUAACAAUGAGAAUGAUGACGGGCGUGACAAAAAGAAAAAGAAAACCAUUAACAACAUUAUAAAGGAAAGCAAACUCUCCAUGUUAUCAACUAAACUGCUGGUCCCUAAGAUUCAAGCUGAGAAGCUUUCUAUGGCCGAGUGUAUGAAGAAAAUGAACUUACCAGAAAAGAAACCUGAGGUCACUGAUUCCAGCGACAGCAAAACAGGGGACACUAUGAAGAAAAAGACAAGGAGGCGGAAAGCUAUUAACAGAACUGGUUUUCCAAGCGUCAAGAGGAAAAAGAAGAAAUUGGAUCCUAAUAAUAGUCAGAACGCGACUACGUCUGACAGCCAUCUGACAUCCGAGGACACUGAUAACAACUCCGCGUUUGACAGAGUGCCUAAAGACGGAGAAGCGAUGAACAGCUUCUUGGAAAGAACUAGUAACAAGCCGGAACUCAAGGUUGUACUAAAUAAAGACGAAUGUCCGAGGCAGCAGGCUCGCCUCACAGUCGUGGCUCUUGAAAAAUUGCAAGGAAAGGUAGUCAAUGAAAACAAUAAUAAAACUGCUGGCAGUACAUUGACCCCCAACACAGCUAAAAAGAGCAGUGGUUCAUCCAUUUUGAGAGCUCCGGCUCUACAACUAAAACAAUCUAAGACUGAUAAGGAAAUAAAAAAUCACGUGAAUAAAUGGGAGGUUAUGAGUGAGACAGACAGCAUACCGUCGCUGACUAGCUCUCUCGGUAACGACCCUGAAGACAGCAUACCGCUCAGUUUGCUAAACCUGAAAGCCGAUAGGCCGGCAAGCCAGAUGGAAGGCUUGAAGCGAAAGACCCGAGCGAUGUCUCCCUCUCAAGAAAUUGACGAAAUUCUUACCAAGAGGAAAAACGUCGAGAAAAACAGCAAAGUAGGUUUGCGACCAAAAUCGAGUUUGGCCGUUUUGUACCCUUGCGAAAGGAGAUUAACUAGAAGUUCGGACAACACUAAUGAAGAAGGAAAGAGCAAAACCAAAACCGAUCAGAAGGUGGAAACCCCGAAAGAAACACCGGCUAAAUCGGUUAAACCCUCUAUCACAACAAGGCGAAAGUCUCGCUCGUGUCAAAUGAACAAGAAAAUCGACGAAGUCUACUCGAGUUCACGAGAAAGUUCACUAGAUACGGUCACAAGUCGCAAGCCGCGUUCCAAAUCUCGCGAGCCAUCGAUGGAUACAAUGCGAGACCACGACGAGAACGACCCGCUGCCGCUGAACGAGAAAGAGAUAGACUUCGAGAAGAGCAUCGACGUGCUGUCGAAGAGCAUCAUCAGCAAGAAGCGGGUGGCGUCGUCGCGCGACGACAGCCCGGCCGGCAGCGACCGCGAAAAGCCCGUGUCCAAGCGGAACCCGCGGCUCAGGAAGAAGUUCCUCGUCGCCGGCUUGUUCUCCGACUACUAUAAGGAAGAUAACAAACCAUUGGGUAAAACCAAAGCCGUACCGACAGCCGGGGCAGUAAUUCCCUCCGGGCUGCUCGCCCCGCCACCGUAUUGCGAGCGCUGGGUGCGGCGCCGCGCGCAGCCCUACGCUUUACCCUACGACAUCUGGUGGCAGCACCACUACAACCAACCAGUGCCUUCGUGGAACUACAAGAAGAUCCGCACAAACGUAUAUUAUGACGUGAAGCCGUCAGCGGAGGAAUGCGAGAGCGUGGCGUGCAACUGCGCGCCGAACUCGCGCUGCAACGAGGACUGUAUCAACCGGCUCGUGUACGCCGAGUGUUCCCCGCAGCUGUGCCCCUGCGGGGACUUGUGCAAGAAUCAGCGAAUCCAGCGGCACGAGUGGGCCGUCGCUUUAGAGCGGUUCAUGACGGAGAACAAGGGUUGGGGCGUGCGGUGCAAACAGCCCAUCGUCUCCGGGGACUUCAUCCUCGAGUACGUGGGCGAGGUGGUGUCUGACAAGGAGUUCAAGGAGCGCAUGGCCACCCGCUACGCGCGCGACACGCACCACUACUGCCUGCACCUGGACGGCGGGCUGGUCAUCGACGGCCACCGCAUGGGCGGCGACGGCCGCUUCGUCAACCACUCCUGCCGGCCCAACUGCGAGAUGCAGAAGUGGACCGCCAACGGCACAUUCAGAAUGGCGCUGUUCGCCCUGCGGGACAUCGAGCCGGACGAGGAGCUCACGUACGACUACAACUUCUCGCUAUUCAACCCAGCGGUGGGACAGCCAUGCAAAUGCGACUCCGAAGACUGCCGCGGCGUAAUAGGCGGGAAAUCUCAACGUAUCACCAAACUCCCUGUGAAAACGCAAGCGCGAACUGCGUCCAACGCCUCCAACCAAUCCCAGGGCUCCACCAACCAGCCGCGCGUCGGUCGCCCUCGCAAAGCUGUCAAGUGCAACAAGAAGUCUGAGCAGGCGAGCUUGACGGCUUGUGAGAUCAAGAAUAUGACCAUCCUGAAGUAUCAGCAGCAUUUGAAUAAGCUGUGGCAGGAGCCGCAGGUCAAACCGCUCACGGCGAAGGAGAGGAAUCUGGUCAAGGAGAGACAUUGCUUCCUGUUUAGGAAUCUUGAGAGCGUUCGUCGCACUCGCCGCCUGUCGGUGGCGCUGCCGCCCGCCUCGCCCCCGCACCCCGCGGCCCCCUCCCCCGCGGUCCCCGCCCCCGCGGCCCCCGCCCCCGCGACGCCGGUGAACCCGCUGGAGCUGCCGGACACCAUGAGCCCGGACCUGUUCGCGCGCCGCCUGCAGGCGCUGCGCAAGCCCACCGACCAGCUGGCCAAGCUGCAGCGGCCCGAGGACGACCCCGCCAGCACCAACAAGGAACGGCUCGCGGCGGUGUUCAAGGCGCUCCUAGACUAUGUUGUCGGACUCACGGACGACAAGGACAAGCCGCUCUGCACGCCGCUGCUCAAAGCCAAGUGCAGUCAGAGCGACGACCCGCUGUGCGACCUGCCCGGCGUCGAGGCCAACGUGGCGGCCCGGCGCUACGACAGCGCGGUGCAGUUCGACGCCGACAUGAACGCCGUCUUCUCCAACGUCACCCGCGAGCACGGCCGCAUGUCCGCGCUCGGCUCCAUCGCGGUCACCUUGAAGAAGGAAUAUAACCUCGCUAAAGCGGAAUUCGUCGAACUGCUUAACAAGAUCCUCGGGCCUGACGAUCCGUUGCCGGCCGGUUUUGUACAGAAGGCCAAGCAAGAGGAGGUGAUAAUGUGCAUAUGCGGGCUGCACGUGGAGGAGGGGCUCAUGGUGCAGUGCGGCGCGUGCGGCGUGUGGCAGCACGCGCGCUGCAUGCGCGUCAAGGACACCCGCGCCGCACACUACUGCCAGCUCUGCCACAAGGGGAAACACCAGGUGGACCGCGAGAUUCCUCUAGAAGAAUGGACGGAGGAGGGGCACCAGUUCUACGUGUCCCUCAUGCGCGGCGCGCUGCAAGUCCGCCAGGGCGACACCGUCUACGUGCUGCGGGACAUCCCCGUCGACGCCGUGCGGCCCGACCUCAGCCGAGCCCGGGGGAAGGAUGAAGCCAAGACCAAGCGGCCGGAUCGCAAGCUCAAGCAACUCAAGGGGAAGGAAGAUUCUGCUGCUAAUAAAGAGACGUCGGUCCGCAAGCACACGUACCAAACAAUCGGGUCCAUCCCGGUGUCGGAGCUGGACAUCUUCCGCGUGGAGCGGCUGUGGAAGCACAAGGACACGCAGGAGCGCUUCGUGUACGGACACCACUACCUGCGCCCGCACGAGACCUUCCACGAGCCCACGCGCAAGUUCUUCCACAAUGAGGUGAUGCGAGUUCCGCUGUACGAGGCGGUGCCCAUUGAGCUGGUCAUGUCGCAGUGUUGGGUCAUGGACCUUAACACUUAUUGCAAGGGCCGGCCGCUGGGCGCACGCGAGGAGCACGUGUACAUCUGCGAGCUGCGCGUGGACCGCGGCGCAAGGCUCUUCACCAAGAUCUCGCGGCCCAAGUACCCCAUCUGCACCAAGCCCUACGCCUUCGACCACUUCCCCGCCCGCCUCAAGAUCACACGCACCUAUGCUCCUCACGAAGUGUCGCCCGAGUACCUGAAAGGGCGCGCGGCCAGGAACGCGGAGCGGGCGCCGGCCGACAAGAGCAAGCCGCCCGGCGCCGGCGCCGGCAAGGAAGCCGGCAAGAAGAAGCCCGCCGGCGCCUGCCCCGACACCAGUAAGAAGUGUUCGGCUGGCGCGCGGCGGGAGCGGCAGAAGGAGCGCGUGAACGGCAUCGCGCGGCGGCUGCUGGCGCGGGGCGGGGGCGGGGGCGCGGGCGGGGCCGGGGUCGGGGGCGCGGGGCGCGCGCUCGACGCCUCCUACCUGCUGCGCCCCGCCCUCCCCGCCGCCACCACCCCCGCGCCCGCCCCCGCGCCCGCCCCCGCGCCCGCCCCCGCGCCCGCCGCGCCCCGUGCCCCGCGCGCGCCCUGACCGCGCCGCUGCCCGUGCUGCCUCUAGGUAGCUGUCCCGACACCACGACACAGAUGAGGACAAUACUGACAUCUAUUUGUGCUGACUCGAUCCCCCAGCCCCGAUACACGCUUUUUCGGGGGCCCCGUUUCUAAAACUCCAAUCUUCCGAUCCGAUAAAAAAAGACGGUAAACGGGAGAGGCGCAAAGUAAAAUAAAACUUUCCGGUACCUGAAAAUGAAAAAUGUGCGAAAACCGAAUCACUAUGAUCAGAUAUUCGGACUGAGGGUGCUCGGCGUCCGACAAAACAUACUAUUUUAUAACAUUGGUAGAACUCUAAAAAAAGGCUAUCGAGUUGCGACCGAAGUGACCACGUUUGUGGGUUGGGUAUGAUGAACGUGUAAAAAGUAAAUUGAUUUAAGUGAGUACGUAUAUCACGAUAAAUAAAUAUAAUAAUGUCGUACACAUAAAAUUAUCCACAUCAUGCAAUAAAUGAAAUACAUAACUACUGUAAGCGAGGUUGACAAAAAAAAUUCUAUACAUUACGUACUAGAUACAUAAAUACUCGUCUAUUCUCACCUCGCAUUUCAUUUCCGAUGCAGAUAUGUGGCUUACCGUCUAUUUAUAUAAUUAAAACAACAGUAACUCGAUCAUGCCUGUACUGUAUGUACAUCCUUAAAUGUAGGUAUAUAGUAAGGUAACAAAAUAAGCUACGCUUAAAAAGUGCACAUUACAUAGCAGCUGUUAGAUAGUAAAUCUCUUGUUGUUAAUACUUAGGUAGAUCUUGCAUAAUACGUACAUAAAGUACAUAACUCUUCCAAUAAUAACGUUUACCUAGGUUAUAAUUUCGACAUGAAUCCCAUCUUUGAUAAUGUUUAUACAUUUGUUUUGGUUGAAUGUAAAUAAUCGAUGAAAGCGUAUGGAGUGACACUGGCAGUUCGCGUGGCGGCUGGUGUCGAGGAGGUCCAUGGUUCGUAACAUUCCGCUCUAGUGUACGGUUGGAGACAAUAAGUUAGCCGGCAGGAUGGACGGAGAAUCUCUGAUAUGUUUUGUACGAGUAUGUAGUGUAGGUACUUCUAACGGUGUCGUAUUCGAUGGUAUAUAGUAUUUUUGUAUAAAAUAAUAAUUAUUCACUAGAUAGCAUAAGGUAUGUUUGAGUGACAUGCAUGCCGUGUGUCUGAUAACGUAAGGUUCUCUCGCCUAAUUUGCUUCGGUUAUUAAUUUAUUUACAUCACGAGUAGGGUUUUGAUAAGAUGUUGUCGUAUUUACGUAUGUAAUCUCGAGUAUAUUUUUAGCGUAAGAUACAUGUUUCGUGCGCCUUUCGUGUACCGACAUGCCUAUAGACUGCAUUGCUGUUUAAUCAGAUGCGGCAAAAUCUUUGUUUAAAUCAGAUAUAAUAUAAGUAAUAGUUAUAUUUUUACAUUAGUAAAUAUUGUUAUAGCUAUGUAAGGGUAGUCGUGUAGGCUAAUGAAAUACUAGUUAACGACCAGUGGUGCGAACUGAUGUUGAAUGUUGCAGAGUUUAGAGAGGUUACGAGGGGACGUUGUUUGGCAGGUUGUUAAUUUAGUGUUAGCUUUCAUCACUUUAUUAUUUUUAAUCAUCUUCGCUUUACUUCAAUCGAUGAUUUUUAAGAAUACUUUUUAGUAGUCUGGUCAUUUUUAUUAAUUGUGUUUCGAGUACUUUUAGUAGUAGAUCACGAUUCUCUCUAUUUUUCUAUUAUACUUUUUGAUAAGUUGUACAUAUGUUAGCGGUUAAGGAGUUUGAUUGUUUUGUGUUAAAUGCGGAAAAAUAAUAUAUUGCUUGAUCUUGAGUUAGUUUGUAAGAUUCUCUGCUUUGUUAGGGUCGCUCGCAUCGCACGCCUUGCUGUUGUGAUCACAGAGAACAAAAUUGUUUUUGUUUCUAAUUUAUUUGUAAAGUACUGUUAGCUUUUUACACCGGCUUACCUUAUUAUUUAUCUUCUUUUGGACUAUUUACAACCGAAUUUUUUUACUGCUUUUGCGUGUUUUAUGGAGAAAGAUGUAACGUUAUCAAUAGUAUUAGAUGGUUGAUCCCAAAAUGUAAAUCAUUCGCUGUAUACACAAUGAUCCGUAUGGACACAACUGACUGGUGAUCACUCGAUUUAUCAUUUACUAGUAUUGAUUAUUCUUAAGUAAAUUACAAAAGAUAGAGUGCACUUAGACGAUUUAUAGAAUUAUUGCUGUUGACAUCUGUAAAUAUAUUGACACUAUGAAUUAUAAAUAUCAAAGUAUUUUACAAUGCACAUGUACUUAGAAUUUUGCCUUGUAGACAAAUAAUAAUAGUUCAAGUUAUGAAUUAACCCAUAUCUUCUACGAUAUUCCACUUGCAUUCUGAUGUACUUAAUUAGUUUAAAUAGUUUAUUAGAAUUAAAAGCUUUGUGGACGGACAUUAUUUACGUUUGUAUAAACUUUUGGGAUCAAAAUAAUCUAUCCAGGUUUGGCAGUCUAAAUUGACUAGAUCAACGUUUUCCGAUGAUUUUAUGAUAUAUCGAGCAGCUUUACUAUUUAUAUCAUUUGUUUUAAGAUGCCAUUUGUUGUAACUCAUGUUUUAAUAUUAAAUUAAAAUCUGGAUCAAA